AUGAGGUGGCGAGCUCUUCAAAAUACUCCAUCCAUAAGUUGGCAACUACUGGGGCAACUGGGCUACCCAUUGCCACCCCAUCAAUCUGAAGUUUUAAAAGCAGACAAGGGGAAUGCAACUGUCUUAUUGAACGUCUCAGACUAUGAGAAAAAGAUAGACGACUUAUUAAAGGACACCACAACUUAUAAGAAGGUAAAUUAUAACCCAACUGCGCGAGUGACUAGAAAAACUACCAAGCUGAUCAGGGAUUAUCGUAAUGUUAUCGGAGAUGAUGUAAGUAAUAACCUUUUGAGACCUCGAAAUAUACAACCACCUAAACUAUACGGCCUGCCAAAAAUUCAUAAGUGUGAUGUUCCUCUUCGCCCUAUAGUGAGUCAAAUAGAUUCACCUACUUAUGAAUUGGCGAAGCAUGUCUCAAGUGUUCUACAACCACUAGUGGGCCACACGUCAUCUUACGUCAAAGACUCCCGCCAUUUUGUACGUUUAUUACAAGACACUAACAUUGAAGGGCAUGAGUGCAUGAUAAGCUUUGAUGUCGAAUCCCUAUUUACCAACGUACCAAUUCACGACUUUAUGGAGGUACUUAAAAUAAAGUUACAAGAAAACAACAUCCCGGAGGAGUAUGUCACCUUAACAGGGCAUUGUUUGGAAUCUAGCUUUUUCCUUUAUAAAGGUGAAUACUACCUUCAGAUUGAUGGGGUGGCAAUGGGUAGCCCAGUUGCCCCAGUAGUUGCCAACUUAUGGAUGGAGUAUUUUGAAGAGCUCGCCACCUCAUCUAUACCCAUACAAGUUAGGUUUUGGAAAAGGUACGUGGAUGACGUUUUUGCUGUCAUGCAGGGCGGUGAAAAAGAGGUGCAACAAUAUCUGGCACUUUUGAAUGGUAUUCACCGGAAAAUGACCUUCACAUACGAAAUGGAAAAAGAUCGGUCGCUUCCAUUCUUGGAUGUCCUAGUCAAGGUCCGACUAGAUGGUAGUUUUAGUCACACUGUUUACCGGAAGCAGACACACACGGACAGAUAUUUACAUGGCUCUUCGCAUCACCAUCCACGACACCUUGCGUCAGUCGCUACCACCCUCUUCAAUCGCGCUCAGGACCUGUGUGAUGACGUUCACAUCCAGGCUGAGCUGGAACAUAUAAGCAAGGUGUUACGUCGAAAUGGUCAUAAGCCCCUUCGACUGCCUCGAAUAAGACGGGAGUCGAACUUGAGUCGCGGCGCACAAUUAACAAUGGCGGACGACGCUCAAGUGCGAUAA